AUGCUGUCUUCCAUUCGAACAAUUCCGUUUUGCCUCUUCCUCUUCCUUCUAUGCAAUGCAGAAGAUCCACGAAUGAUGCGCAUCGAGACUAAAGUGAACGCACAUGGGGAGACGGAAAUUGUGCACAUCCACGACAACCACCGCUCUUCCAAGCAAGGUGUCCUCGCUGCUGACAUUGCAGAAUCAGGUUCGCAUGAGCAGCAGAUCCUCGACGGGACCUCUGGCACUACACUUUACCCGCUGAAUCCCAAAGGACCACUUCCCAUUGAUGACACCGCAUGGACCUUGCUUUUCAAGGCCAAGCUUGGAGCUUUGUUUCCCGUUGUCAUUCUCUUGAUGCUCGCUUUCAGUUUGCUGUGUUGUUCCAGCUUCAUGUUUUACCGUGCCAAGAAGCCAGAGGGAGAGGAGGCUGAAGAGCUGAAAGCCCAAGAGUGCGGGCCAGAGGCUUUGGAGGAGGAUCUCUACGGUUUGGCAAUUGCUUCCAUCGUUCGGGACUCCAGAUCUUAUUGCAAAGGCUUUUCCACCGCUGGGCUUAUGAUGGCAAGAAUGGGUGUGGCUGUGAUGAUUUUGGUGCUGACACUUAUCCUGCAAAUCUAUCUCAUGGCAAGUCUGAAAGCAUUGGUGACCUCCGUGGCUGUGAACGAGAUUCGGGAUGUCUACGACCGGUAUCAGAUAAUUAUGUACGGCAAUGACACAAGCAGGAUGGCUGUCACUGCCAAUGGCUUUCAUCGCGGUCGCGAACCCUACUUCAACCCAAAGAACUUUGCUUUGCUCACUGAGGAAGACAAAGAAAGUGUUUGUCAAAUCCCAUUGUCGCAGCCAACAUUUUUCAUGACGCUCUUGAUGAUAUGGACCUUCACAGUUGUUGCAGACAUUCGCAAAGCAGUUGACUACUGGUUUCGCAUCGUACGCACUACACCAACCAUUUCGUCAAUGAAGGAUUCUAUGGAGACUGUCGAAGGAUCAGAGGAAGAAUAUGUGAUUGUUGGAAUCACAGCACCGGUCAAGGUUGCACUUUCGGUGGUUCUAUUCCUUCCGCGCAUCCUUGUUGAUUGCUACCUGCUGUGGCUUGGCUGCCGUUGGCUUUGCGCAACUCCAAGCUUCGAAGAUGUCAUCCUCAAUGCUGUAGCCUUGGAGUUCAUAUUGGUGCUCAAUAAUGUUAUAUUCAGCACCGUUGUGCCCUUGCAGAGUGUGAUCGACACCCGCAAUACUCAAAUUCUGCCACAUUCGAAGGAAGUUCAGCCGAAAGCGAGCACUGUGCUUGCUGCUUUCUCCUGGGGCAUUGCAUCCAUGGUUUGGGUUUUGCUUUACAUGUACUUGCUGCAGGCUGUUCUUCCUCAAUAUCGAUGGGAUGUGAGAGAUGUUUGCAUCGACUUUCUGGACUCGAAGUUGGGAUGA